AUGUCUGACGAAGUCGCCGCUCCCAUUGAGCAAAAGGCGCCAGAGACUUCCGAGACCAACGCGCCUGCCGCCUCUUCGGAUGCUGCUGCUGCGCCCGCUGACGCGAAGUCCGGCGAUGCGCCCCCUACCGCCGAGGACAAGGACAGCAAGACAGUUGCUGACUCGGCAGAAACCAAGCCCACAACAGACGAAGAAAAGCCUGCCGCUGACUCGGACGUCGAGAUGAAAGAUGCAGAUGCGACUGAUGCCGCCGCAAAGGCGCCAGAGGAUGCCGACAAGAGCGAGGCAUCCAAGACCGAAACACAGGCUGGAGCCGACAAGCUGGCAGAGCAGGACAAGUCUGCCGACGAUGCCGCUGCAGCAGAGGACAAGCCUGCCGACGAAGAGAAUGCCGCAGCCCCCGCGGCCACUACCUCGACCCCUGCCAAUAAGAACCGACGGAAGUCAGCAGUGGCAAGCACAAGCAAGAAGCUGAACAAGAAGCAGUCAAAAGCCAAGAUCCAGCAUCUCGACGCCAAGCCUGGCGAUCACUUUUUCGCCAGACUAAAGGGCUUCCCGCCGUGGCCCGUCAUUGUUUGCGACGAGGAGAUGCUGCCCCAGAACAUGCUCACUUCGCGACCCGUAACGGCUGCGCGCCCUGAUGGUACCUACCGUGACGACUACGCCGAUGGUGGCAAGAAGGUUGGUGACAGGACAUAUCCAGUCAUGUACCUGCAAACCAACGAAUUUUCCUGGACGCGAAACACGGAUCUCGAUGACCUUGACUUCGAAACUGUGGCAGAUCUCGUGACCCCCAAGAUGCGCAAGGAUCUCGCCGCCGCGCAUCAGCUUGCCGCCGAGCAGAACAGCAUUGACGACUACAAGCGCGUUCUGGUGGAGUUCCAGGAGGCCAAGUUGGCCGAACAAGAAGCCAAGGCUGCCCGUGCUCGCGCCAAGAAGGAAAAGACUACUAAGAAGAGCGAACCCAAGAUUGAAGACGAGGACGUGGACAUGCCCGAUGCUUCGGCCCAGGAGAGUGAGGGAUCAGAAAAGAAGAAGGCCACUAAGAAGCGCAAGGCAGAGGAAGAGAACAAUGCUACUCCCCAGCGCUCUGACUCUGUCAAGAAGCCGAAGAUUAAGCUGACUAGCUCUUCUACGCCCAAGGCGGCCACUAAUGGAGUUUCAUCGCCGAAGGAGUCAACGGCAAAGGUUCCCAAGGCCAAGUCCAAGAGCAAGCCCGCCAAGGACGCUGAUGGCGAGAAGCCCAAGAAGGAGUCUGCUCCCAAGGAGCCAGAGUUGACACCUGAGGAGAAGCAGGACCGUAAGAAGAAGGAGAUUCUAUUCCUGCGCCACCGACUGCAGAAGGGCCUCAUUCCUCGCGAGGGUCCCAUCAAGGAGUCGGAUAUGCAGAGCAUGUCCGAUUUCCUGGUCAAGUUGGAAGGCUUUCCGGAUCUGGAAGCUAGCAUCAUUCGCGCUACCAAGAUCAACAAGGUGCUGAAGGCAAUUCUAAAGAUUCCCGAGAUCCCCAAGGAGGCAGAUUUCAACUUCAAGCCACGAUCGCAGGUUCUCCUCGACAAGUGGAAUGGGAUCCUGGCUGCAGACCCCCUGCCAGCAGAGUCAGGCACUCCGGCUAACGGUGUAAAUGGCACCUCUGGAGAAGCUGCCAAAGAGGCCCCGGAGCCCACCAACGGAGUCAAUGGCGAUGCCGCCGCUUCCAAGGAAAUUGCCAAGGAGGAGAAGAGCGAGGCCAAGGAGGAGGCCAGUGAAGCCCCUAAGAGCGAAACCAAGGCCGAUUCGGCCGCCGCUGAGGACAAGCCAACUGAAGAGAAAGCAUCCUCUGCUGAGCCAUCGGCUGUAGAUUCGGCAGCAUAA